AUGCCAGCACCGCCCAACCUUGAUCAUGAAAGUGACUCGAUGACUUUAGGGUACCGCACCAGUAGGUUUCCCACGGUACCAUCCAAUCACCGCCACAAGACUGAUUAUAAUACUGAGAGAGGGUUAGCAACAAUAGACAUCAUUUCAAGAGAGCCGGAAAACGGAAGACCUUGUCAACUUAGUUGGACCACUCUUUUUGUACAACCCAGUCAACUUCAUCGCCUGAGACCUUUGAAGGAUGUCAAUGCCGCCAUUCAUUUGAUCAGGGCAUCUUAUCAACGAUAA